CUGGGUUUUUUUUGUUCCGGGAGAGCAUCCUUGCAGCUGCAUCAGGAGAAUCCAGGUCUUGGGGAGAAGGUUUCUGUGGGAGACUUUCCUCCUCCUUUGACAUAUCCCGGAGAACAGGUGACACAGCGUCAGGGGAGACCAGGACAACCUCUAGGUUGGGGAGGCGACACCAGAAGCAGGCAGGAUGCAAGUGUCCUUCGUCUGCUCGGACCACAACAUCAAGAACCGGAGCGCGGAGGACCGGCUCAACCGCCAGAAUGCCAACAGCCCCAGCACGCGGGGUCGGUUCCGGGCAGUGGCGAUGGUGGCCCGGAGCUUGGGGCACCUCUCCGCGCACAACGCCCCGUCGUCCAGUGACUCCAGUGUGAAGCAGACUGGCAUGAAAUACAGAAACCUUGGGAAGUCAGGACUCCGAGUUUCCUGCCUCGGGUUAGGAACAUGGGUGACAUUUGGAGGACAGAUUACAGAUGAGAUGGCGGAGCAGUUGAUGACCUUGGCGUACGACAACGGCAUCAAUCUCUUCGACACGGCGGAAGUCUAUGCUGCAGGGAAGGCUGAAGUCGUGUUAGGGAAUAUCAUUAAGAAAAAAGGAUGGAGACGUUCCAGCCUGGUGAUAACAACCAAAAUCUUCUGGGGAGGAAAAGCCGAGACGGAGAGAGGACUCUCAAGAAAGCACAUUAUAGAAGGCCUGAAGGCUUCGCUAGAACGGCUGCAGUUGGAAUACGUGGACGUGGUGUUUGCCAAUCGGCCAGACCCCAACACGCCCAUGGAAGGGAACCCAUUUAGCUCUUCCAAGUCGCGAACAUUCAUCAUAGAAGAGACGGUGCGAGCCAUGACCCACGUGAUCAACCAAGGGAUGGCCAUGUACUGGGGGACAUCGCGGUGGAGCUCCAUGGAGAUUAUGGAAGCGUAUUCAGUGGCUCGCCAGUUCAACCUCAUCCCGCCCAUCUGUGAGCAAGCAGAGUACCACAUGUUCCAGAGAGAGAAAGUGGAAGUGCAGCUUCCAGAGCUGUUCCACAAGAUCGGUGUGGGCGCCAUGACGUGGUCCCCUUUAGCAUGUGGAAUCGUUUCGGGGAAAUACGACGGGGGGAUCCCUCCCUACUCACGAGCGUCGCUAAAAGGCUACCAGUGGCUGAAAGACAAGAUCUUGAGUGAGGAAGGGAGGCGGCAGCAAGCCAAGCUGAAGGAACUGCAGGCCAUCGCCGAGCGGCUGGGCUGCACUCUGCCCCAGCUUGCCAUUGCAUGGUGUUUGCGGAACGAAGGGGUCAGCUCCGUGUUGCUGGGGGCUUCCAAUGCAGACCAGUUAAUGGAGAAUAUUGGAGCAAUACAGGUUCUUCCAAAACUCUCCUCUUCUCUUAUCCAUGAGAUCGACAGCAUCCUGGGCAAUAAACCCUACAGCAAAAAGGACUACCGGUCCUAAUCGGGAAUCCUGUUCCCGCCUGGGACUUUCUACUCCUUGAAUUCCUCUGCCUCUCCCGUCCGCUUGCUUAAAGCUAUAUCGAAGCCAAGUCGAGAAAUAACGGUUCGCAACCCAAGACAGCAGUGCAGCGUCUGAACCGAAGGCGUCCUAGAGAAAACCGUAUUCAAACGUCGCCAGACUGCAUAGGCUUCUUAAACUUUUAAUUUUCAUUUUGAAUGCAAGAAAAUGCUGCAGGUUUGGGAAAGGGGCGGGUGAGGUUGGUUUCACGUCCAUGCUUCCCUUUUCGGAGGAGAAAACAACUUUUGAGUUUUCUUCUCUUUCCUCCUCCUCCUCCUCCUCUCUCUCUC